CUGGAUCCCACCUAGAACUGUGCGGAGUUGCUUCUGUCCAUCACGAUGAGCAACAAAUUUCUAGGCACCUGGAAGCUUGUCUCCAGCGAAAAUUUUGAUGAUUACAUGAAAGCUCUGGGUGUGGGGUUAGCCACCAGAAAACUGGGAAAUUUGGCCAAACCCAAUGUGAUCAUCAGCAAGAAAGGGGAUAUCAUCACUAUACGAACUGAAAGUACCUUCAAAAAUACUGAGAUCUCCUUCAAGCUAGGCCAGGAAUUUGAAGAAACCACAGCUGACAAUAGGAAAACCAAGAGUAUCAUAACCCUGGAAAGAGGCGCAUUGAAUCAGGUACAGAAAUGGGAUGGCAAAGAGACAACCAUAAAGAGGAAGUUGGUGGAUGGGAAAAUGGUUGUGGAAUGUAAGAUGAAGGGCGUGGUCUGCACCAGAAUCUAUGAGAAGGUCUGAGUAAUUUGUUUCCUUGCUGAAGUGAUAUUUCAUCAUUUAAUGUUGGUAGUCAAUUGACAAGACCUGAGUAUACUGCAUUGUGCUCAUUUGUUUGGUUUUGCUUUUGUUUCAAAGGCUCAGAUAGGCAAAGGCCAAAAAUGAGGAUUAACCCAAAGUUCAGUAUUAUUUAAACAUUCUCCAUGUAUAUGCACGUCAUUACUGUAUUAAAGCAACUUAAAUAAUUGAUGAUGUCAUUUAAUUAACUGCCAAAUUAUAACCUAUGCUGUAUAUUAUAAAUGAUAAUAAAAAAGUAAUUGUAGACUGUUAAAAGGAAAUAAAAAUAUUGUUUGGAAUAACAAACUCAAAUAGAUUCAGGGACCAGGAAAGUUAAGAGGAAGGAGGAUCAGAAGUGAGGCAAUCUGCCUUAAGUUGAGGAGUUCUGCUGAAGGCAUUGUGGGAACAUGGUUAAGAACCUCUGGGUAUGCCUGCAUUCCAUAUCAGCAUAACUGAGUUUGAGUUCCCACUCUGCUUCCUGUGCUUGCUUUCUACUAAUGCAUAUCCUGGGAGGCAGCAGGUGUUGGCUCAAUACUUGGUCCCUGGAAAGCACACGGGAGUCCCAGAUUGAGUUCUGGACUCAUGGUUUUAGCCUGCCUCAGCCCCAGCUGUGGCAGGCAUUUGGAGAGUGAAUCAGUGGGUGGCUUUCUCUCUCUCUCUCUCUCUCUCUCUCUCUCUCUCUCUCUCCCUCUUUUCCCCUUACUGUCUCUCUCACCCUCCUCCCUCCCUUCCUUCUUUUCUUCCUUCCUUCAUUUCUUUUUCCUGUCUCUCUCUUUCCCUCUCCCACCCUCCCUCUCUCUCUAUUGCUUUUCCUUUCAAAUGAAUAAAAAUAAAUAAAUAGAGGAUUUCUAGUCUCAGCUGAAAGGGGCAGCCUCUACCCCAACUGAUUCUUUAAAUUGAGGGAUAAUGUAUAGAAGGUGAAAUGUAGAUAUUAAGGGUAGAGUUGAAUUGCUUGUGAUGAAUGCAUGCACCAUGUAACUCACAGCCAAUCAACAUACAAGACAUUUCCUUAAUCCUAGAAAGUUUUCUUAUGCCCUUGCCCAAUGUCCUGCCCAGGGCCACUCUCACUAAACCCAAGUAUAGUAGUGAUUUAGUUCCUCUCACUUCAGAUUAGUUUGUCUGUUCAUAUAUAAAUGGGACUAUACAUUGUUUUUCUUUCUUCUGUUUUCCUUUUUAAAUUCAAUAAAAUGUUUUUGAGUUUCAUCCACAUUGUGCCAUAUAGUGGUAGUACAUUCCAUUUUAUUGUAAAGUAGCAUUCCAUUGUAAGGAUAUAUCACAAAAUAUGUAUACAUUCUUCUGUUAAAACAAUUGAGUUGUUUUUAGUUUUGGCUACUAUGAAUAAAAUUGCUACCAAC